UCAGUGCAGCCCAGUCAAGCCAACACUGUCCCUGGACUGCCUCCUCACUGCCUCCUCGCCCUGCCUCCUCUGUUUGCAAGCAGUGAGGAACAUGGACAUAACCAUCCAGCAGCCGUGGUUCAAACGGGCCCUCGGGCCUUUAUACCCCAGCCGCCUGUUUGACCAGUUUUUUGGAGAGGGUCUCUUCGAGUACGACCUCCUGCCUUUCCUCUCCUCUACCAUCAGUCCUUAUUACCGGCAGUCUCUGUUCCGCACCGUCCUGGAGUCGGGCAUUUCCGAGCUCAUGGCCCAUGUAUGGUUUGUAAUGCACAAAUCACAUGCUGGAAAUCCCAAGAACAACCCUGCCAAGGCAAGUUGUCGGCAACAUGUGCGAUCUGACCGGGACAAGUUUGUCAUCUUCCUGGAUGUAAAGCAUUUCUCUCCCGAAGAUCUGACGGUGAAGGUGUUGGAUGAGUUUGUGGAAAUUCAUGGCAAGCACAGUGAGAGACAGGAUGACCACGGUUACAUUUCCCGGGAAUUCCAUCGCCGGUACCGCCUGCCUUCCAACGUGGACCAGGCCUCAGUCUCCUGCUCCCUGUCCUCUGAUGGCAUGUUGACCUUCUCUGGCUCCAAGGUCCAAUCCAACCUGGAUUCCAGCCACAGUGACCGAUCCAUCCCUAUCUCCCGGGAGGAAGUGCCCACCUCAACUCCCUCUUCUUAGGCGGAGGCAGCGGUGAAGCUGACGGGCCGCACCUAUCCCCCCGUCCUCCCUCCCUCAGCUAGCACGUCGGUAUCAGGGGAAUCAUUUGAGAGGGUGUUGCUUUUCCCUUUUUCCUUCGGUCUCUGCUUUCUCAGAUGGAAUGAAGGCUGGAGGGAGCAGCCUGAGGGGAUUUUAUAGGCGAAACCCAAAGAGAUCUGUGAGGUCUGAGCUCCCUUAAAACCAGGGUGCUAACUAGCCAACCCCAAACCUCAGUGGGUCCACCAAAAUGUCCACUGACCCGCUUAAUAACUGCCCUCUACUCACCCUACCUAGUACUCCACCUCAGAUCAAAGAAGGGUCACACGGGAGCUUAGACAGUUUCAGUUGUAUCUGAAACAACUGUGGUGGGGUGGGAUCCCUGAUGAUAGCCCUGAAGGUCGUAGUUCUGUUCCUGAUCCUUGAUGGUACCAGAUAGGUGGAGGCCAGAACACGGCUCUUAGCGGACGGUAUCUUUUUACACAGAGGAAGUCAUCUUCUAUUAGUGAUGACUCAGGUGAGGGCAAGAAGCACAUCUCUCCAAUGUCUCUGCAGAUUUUCUGAGGGCCUUCCUUAUGAUCAGACUUCAGAUCCCUACUCGGCUCUCUCUAGCCUAUGAGUGUUGUAUCAUCUUUCUUAAAUCUUCUCUGGUUGUAAUGUAGGUCCACCUGUUCUCCUGAUAUCUGACUCCCGACCCUAAGAACGCAGGCCCUGGAAGUCCAUAAAAUAAAAGUGAA